AUGCAGAACCCUCUCAGUGGUUGUCGCACCACCACUCCGGCGAACGAACAGGCUGCAAGCCAAGGUCAGUCUUUGGCAAACCCGCUCACGCCCAGUAGCCAGCCGGCGACCACGUCAAAUGUUAGCACCGAUAUGGACAUGAAGCCUAAGCCGGAGCCGAAAGACACUCGAGGUAAGCACGAACGUAUCGAGUCUUCUAUGGAGGUGGAAGCGGGCGCAGCCAGUCAAAUCGAGCAUCAAGGCGAAGCAAGUCUGGGCCAAGAUGCCGGCAUGGCAACCAAGAUUGACGAAGCAGCCCAAAAUGGCGAGGAGAACAAGCAACGCAUGUCUGUGGGCCCAUCGGUAGAGCAAAGAACAACAACAGAGUCCCCAAGCCUGCCCCUGGCUUCAGAUACUCCAUCAGAGACCACCAAGAACAGCAAGAAAGAGCAUGAGGCCGAGAAGAGGGCGGCCGCCGAGAGCCUGUUGAUUCUCAAUCAGGGGAAAGCACCGAAGCGUAAGCGUUCUGGGCCUGGUAUCAAGGGCAGCCGAACCUCGUCGAAAAACCGCAACAAGGACUCUGAUGAGCUCGAGUACCUUGGGACAAGACCUGUGUUGCGCCCUCUACAUCCUCGUCGAGUUACUCCUCAGCAAGACGCACUCUCACAACACAAGCGACGCUCUGCAGAGCAACGGGCCAGAACGUUUGAUUUGCUAAACCACGCCACACCGAAUGGCUCGAAUUUCAAUAUGCCUCCAAUGCCAUAUCCGAUAGGCACGGUACCCCUAGCAUCUCCGAACUUCGUACUCUCCACGAGACCUGGGCUUCAACCUGGCAUGCACGCCGCAGCUCCCAGUGCUCCGUACUACACCCGGCCUGCCGACUAUGUAUAUCCAUCUGCUGCCCACUCCCACCCAGGUUCAUCAAGCUAUCCAUCGAGCUAUCCACCAAUCGAAAUACACAAUGGAAUUCAACGUCAGCAGCAGCUUGCGCAGAUGCCUGUCUCGGACCGCGACAUCGAGGCAAUCGGACGCUGGCGAGACUUUUCACACCUGAACGAAGCUCCAGCGACCACAGCAGGUCAGAACAAUCUCUUUCCUCCGCCAUACCCAGAGCCAGCGCCAAUCGGGCCCUUUGGAUAUCCUCAAAAUCCUGAAUCCCUCGUUCUCAUGAACCUCGCAACCAGAAAUGCACACCUGCAACCUCCUUCACACGCACGGUAUCCUCCAGUCAGCCGAAACGUCAUCCUCCCUCCACCAACGUGUACAGCCAGCACGCGCUACGCGAGCCUACCCACCAAUUUCGGAGCACUGCAUUUGGCUCGAGGACUCUACAACAGCAACACAUACUACUCGACCGAAUAUCAAAAGUAUCAGCAGGCUCUUGCAGAUGCUCACGCGGCGGGCAAUCUCCAACGCGACCUCGACUUCAAUCACUGGAGAAACAGACAUUCGCAGAAAUGGGUCAGGAAGGAGGGUGUGCAUGAUGGUUCCGGGGACUAUGCUGCUGAGAGAUUGCCGAAGCUAGUAGAGCCUAAGACCACGCCUACUCGUAAGUUACCUGCGAUGGAGGCUCAGGGUGUGAAUAUGGGAUAUCGUGGGGCUGAAGGUGCGCUGAAGGCUGGUGGUGGCGAGGUGUCGCGGGAAGAAGUGGCGGGCAGGGGGAAGAGGCCGUGGGAGCUUUGA